CAUUGUACCCUCACGACCUCUCAGGUUCCACUCAUCGUUUAGCUCUUCUCAAAAAAAAAACUAAUAAAAUAAACUCAUGCUUUAGUUCUUUGUUUUCUCUCAGCAGCACUGAAAUUUCUAGGAAGUGGAAGUACUCAGAAAAAUAUAAUAAAACAGAGCAGUGGAAAUUUCUUGUAAUAUUUCCUAAAAGGAGCACUGAAAUUCCACCACUUUCAAAAUUCUAGGUCCUCUCCAAAUUCUCUCCUUAAGUCUUCUCUCUUUUCAUUUGCAAAUUUCAGAUUGGAUUCGACGCAUUCUCAGAAUUACGCAAGUCUGGUUGGGGAUCAAAUCUAUUUUUCUAAUGGCUUUAGUGAACAUCGAAACGGACUCGUCAUCCUUCCCAAGUUCUUCUUCUGCUGCUGCCCGACGGAAGUACGAUGUCUUUCUCAGUUUCAGAGGCGAGGACACCCGCUACAAGUUUAUGGGUCAUCUAUACGAAGCUUUGAUCCAGAAGGGCAUUUUGACCUUUAAGGACGAUGAAAACCUCGAGAGAGGAAAACCCAUUUCACCAGACCUGUUGAAAGCAAUAGAAGAGUCGAGAUUUGCUGUAGUCAUUAUCUCAAAAAACUAUGCAUCGUCAACUUGGUGCUUAGAUGAACUUGCAAAGAUCAUUUGCUGCAAAAAUGAGACGGGAAUUAUAGUUCUGCCUGUUUUUCACUACGUGGAGCCAUCUGAUGUGCGGAAACAAAUGGGAACUUUUGCACUAGCAUUUGCUAAACAUGAAAAAAAGGAGAACAAAGAGAGGGUGGAGAAAUGGAGAGAUGCUUUGACACAAGUGGGAAGCCUUCGCGGAUGGCAUUUAAAGGAUCAUUGCUCUGAGAUAGAAAACAUCAAAGACAUUGUGGGAUGGAUAUCGCUUCACUUGAAAUAUGAUGCAUUACCAUACAUUGCCAAGGACCUAGUAGGAAUAAACUCUCGAAUGGAGGAAUUGGAGUCGCUUUUAGCUUUAGGGUCAAACGAUGUUCGCUUUAUAGGGAUUUGGGGGAUGGGGGGAAUGGGCAAGACAACUCUUGCUAGAGUUGUUUAUUAUAUGGUUUCUGUUAAAUUUGAAGCUUGUAGUUUUAUUGAGGAUGUUAGGGAAAAAUCUGAAAGAGAUGGUUUAGUUGGACUACAACAGAAACUUAUUUCUGAUAUUUUGAAGGAAAAAGAUUUGAAAAUUAGCGAUAAGUAUGAUGGAGUUAUGAAUAUCAAGAAUAGGUUAUGUUGUAAAAGGAUUCUUCUUGUCCUUGAUGAUGUAGAUAAAUUGGACCAGUUGAAAUUCUUAGCUGGGGACCAUGAUUGGUUUGGUCCGGGCAGUAGAAUUAUCAUAACAACAAGGGAUGAGCAUGUGUUGAAAACACAUGAAGUAAAUGAAAUAUAUGAAGUUGAUGGAUUGAAUGGUGAACAUGCUCUUCAAUUAUUUUCAUCAAAAGCCUUUAAAGGCAAACAUGUCCUAGAUGAUUAUUUAAAGCUGUCUAACCAUUUUUUGAAAUAUGCUGGAGGCCUUCCAUUAGCUCUUGAGGUUUUAGGUUCAUUUUUGAUUGGAAAAAGUAUUGCUGAAUGGGAAAGUGCAUUAGAGAGGCUUAAAGAAUUUCCUGAGAGAACCAUUCUCCAAGUACUUAAAAUAAGUUUUGAUGGACUCCAUGACACAGAGAAGGAAAUAUUCCUACAUAUUGCAUGCUUCUUUAACCAUAGGGAGAAAGAUGAUGUAGUAGAAGUAUUGGAUAGUCUUGGCCUUUACGCUGUUAUUGGAUUGAAGGAACUCAUUAAUAAAUCUCUCCUGAAAAUUGAUAGUGCAAAUGAUUUGUGGAUGCAUGAUUUACUUGAAGAUAUGGGUAAGAACAUAGUUUUUCAAGAGUGCCCUAAUGAUUGUGGGAGGCGUAGUAGACUCUGGAAUUAUGAGGAUAUUGAAAACGUGCUGAAAAAAAAUCAGGGAACAGAAGUAGUUCAAGCUAUGAGUAUUAAGGGUAUGGAUUUUUCUGAAGAGCAAGAGGCAACUUGGAACCCUGAUGCCUUUUUGAAGAUGUACAAUCUUAGAUUUCUUGAAGGUGGCCAAACUGACUAUGUCCCUACACAUCUUCCUGGUGAUUUAAGAAUUCUUGAUUGGGUUGAAUAUCCUUCAAAAUCUUUGCCAUCAAGUUUCCAGUCAGACAAGCUUGUUCGACUUUGUUUGCAAGAGAGCCAAAUAGAACAACUUUGGAUAGGAAUAAAGAAUUUUGAUAAGUUGAAGUUUAUCGACUUGUCCUACUCCUCGAACUUGAUUGUAUCCCCAGAAUUGACCGGAGUCCCAAAUCUUGAGGAAUUAAUUCUUCAAGAGUGUCAAACGUUACGUGAGCUUCACCCAUCCGUUGCAUUUCAUAAAAAGCUUGUUCUUCUUAAUCUAAAAAAUUGCACAAAUCUAAGUUGUCUUCCAAGAAAUUUUGAUAUGGAUUCCCUCAUGACUCUUGAUCUUUCUUAUUGCGCAAUACUCAAGAAAAUUCCAGAAUUUGUGGGAAACAUGGAAUGCCUACAGAGUCUUAUUUUGAAACGCACUCCUAUUAUGGAACUACCUUCAUCAAUUGGAAGCUUGAUUGGUCUGACUUCAUUGAUUUUAAAUGGUUGCAAUAAUCUUGUGUGUCUUCCUAGCACCAUUUGUAAUUUGAAUUCACUUGAAUGUCUUGAUCUUUGUGGAUGCUCAAAUAUUGACAACUUGCCGGAGAACUUAUGGAAUCUCAAAGGUUUGAAAUUUCUUGAUUUGAGUAGAACAUCUAUAAAAGAGCUGCCUUCAUCAAUUGAACGCUUGACGAGUCUUACUUCGCUGACUCUUCUUAAUUGCGAAAAACUUGUGGGUCUUCCUAACACCACUUGUGGUUUUAAGUUAUAUGGUGCUCUAAAUCUUUCAAUAUGCUUAAGAUUUAAAAACUUGCCAGAGGACCUAUGGAUGAUUGAAGAUCUAGAGGAGCUUGAUUUGAGUGGAACAGCUAUAGAAGGGUUGCCUUCUUCAAUUGAACGUUUGACUAGCCUUACUUCAUUGACUCUCAAAAAUUGUAAGAAUCUUGUGUGUCUUCCUAGCAUCAUUUGUAGUUUGAAUUCACUUGAAUGUCUUGAUCUUUGUGGGUGCUCAAAUAUUGACAACUUGUCGGAGAACUUAGGGAAUCUCAAAGGUUUAAAAUUUCUUGAUUUGAGUGGAACAUCUAUAGAAGGGUUGCCUUCUUCAAUUGAACGUUUGACUAGCCUUACUUCAUUGACUCUCAAAAGUUGUAAGAAUCUUGUGCGUCUUCCUAGCAUCAUUUGUAGUUUGAAUUCACUUGAAUGUCUUGAUCUUUGUGGGUGCUCAAAUAUUGACAACUUGUCGGAGAACUUAGGGAAUCUCGAAGGUUUAAAAUUUCUUGAUUUGAGUGGAACAUCUAUAAAAGAGCUGCCUUCAUCAAUUGAACGCUUGACAAGGCUUACUUCAUUGACUCUUCUUAAUUGCAAAAAACUUGUUUGUCUUCCUAACACCACUUGUGGUUUUAAGUUAUAUGGUGCUCUAAAUCUUUCAAUGUGCUCAGGAUUUAAAAACUUGCCAGAGAACCUAUGGAUGAUUAAAGAUCUAAGGAAGCUUGAUUUGAGUGGAACAGCUAUAGAAGGGUUGCCUUCUUCAAUUGAAUGUUUGACUAGCCUUACUGUAUUGACUUUAAGAUAUUGCACAAAUCUUGUGCACCUUCCUAGCACCAUUUGUAGUUUGAAGUUGCUUAAUUCCCUUGAUCUUUAUGGAUGUUUAAAAUUUGUCAACUUUCCAAAGAACAUAGGAAAUAUGAAAGGUUUGGAGGUGCUUAAUUUGUGUUGGACAGCCAUAAAAGAGGUCCCUUCUUCCAUUGUUCUCCUUAAAAAUCUCAAACACCUACAUAUCCGUGGAUGGACAUUAUCUGAAUUUUAUUCUCAGCCAGCAAGUAGUCUUGAGUCGAUGGGCCCAUUAUGGACUUCAUUAUUUUCCCUGCCAACAAGUCCUGAUACAGAAAGAAUAUUAUUGCCUUCAUUUUUAUAUUAUUCCCUACCAACAAGCUCCAAUUCAGUGGGUUUAUUAUUGCCUUCCUUAUCAGGUCUGCGUUCUUUAACAUAUUUGCGUAUUAGUGACUGCGAUCUUUGGUCAAUACCCAAUGACAUUGGCUGCUUGUUCUCUUUAGAAAUCUUAAAUCUAAGUGGAAAUAAUUUUGUUUCCCUUCCUGAAAGCAUGUCCCAACUCUAUAAUCUUCGAAGACUGUAUUUGGAGGGUUGCAAGAGACUUCAAUCUUUGGAAAAUGUUCCAUCAACUAUUAAUUUUGUAAUUGCAAACGAUUGUAUCUCACUGGAGAGAUUGCCUGAACUGCAAUUUUAUCCUUUUAGGUCAGAUCACUCUCAUUUGAAUUUCCAGUGUCUCAACUGCGUCAAAUUGGUUGACUAUAUUCAAAGCGGUGGUAACAUGUUUAAGGGACUAACACAUGUUAUUAUUCCUGGAAGUGAAAUUCCGAAAUGGUUUAGCCUUGAAUGUCGAGGUGAUAACAUACAAGUGUCUUUUGCCGGGUGUGAUAAGCUAAUGGGAAUUGCGUUGAGUGUUGGUUUUGUACCCAAUGGAUCACGUCAAUAUUAUAGUGAUUGGCAACUUUCAUGUUCUUUUCAUGUCAAUGGAUUUAAAAUUGCAUAUUUCGUACAAUCUUAUUAUCUUACGACAAAAUAUGGUAAAGUUGAAUUCCCUCACCUUUGGUUGCUCUAUUUGCCCACUCACCAUUCCGUCUCCAAUUGGGGCAAAAUAUGUAGUCACAUUGAUGCCAACGGAUUCAGUCAGCUCGAGAUUAAAAUAUUAGUCGACAGCGUGGAGGUGGAGAAAAUUGGGGUUCAUUUGGUAUACAAGCAAGACAUUGAAGAUUCCAAUGAAACCAUGGCACAGUGCAUCAACAACAGCAGCACAUUGUAUGGGGAUUUGGGUGUAAUCCAUCAUGAUAUUGAUAAUUCAAGGAGAAAUAAGCAAAGCCAUGAUGUGGAUGAUGGAGCUGGAUCUAGUGGAGAAGGCUACUCUGAUAAGGAACCACAGCCAAAGUGGAUUCAUAGAGUCCGAGAAUAUAUGACUGAUUCUGAGGAUUUGAGUCAAAGGGAAAUUUUUGACUUCUUUGCUAUAGAGGAUGAAAUGUCCAAGAAGCUUGAAUCCAUUCACGGAGGGAAGAGCAAUAGUUAUCAUGACAUUGAAGAUUUCAAUCAAACUAUAACACAGUUAAGCAUCAACAGCAGGACACUCUCUGAGGAUCUAGGUGAUCACUGUCAUGAUCUUUAUAAUUUAGCUGCAGAAGGUAGCAGAAAUAAACGAAGCCGUGAUGAGGAAGAUGGGGCAGGACCUAGUGGAGAAGCCUACUCUAACGACGAACCACAUCCAAAGACUUGGAGGAUGUAUGGCGUACUCUAAACAAUGCAGUAUUAGGAAUGUUUCAACUUCUUUGCCUGAGGGGAUCCAAGAAACUUGAAGCCUAUCACAGUGGUAAGAGGGAAGGUUACAAGAGAAACGUUGAAGAAUUAGUCAAGGAGGGUCCCUCCUCUCAAACUUACCUUGGCACUCACUAAACUGGUCAACAAUCAACUGAGGGUUCCUUUUUGUUGCAUGUGCCAGUGUGUGUAUAUAUGUGUGGCUUUGUUUAAUUGGUUUUGUAGAGUUUAAGCUGUGGCAUCAGUGUAGAGAAAUUAAAGAUUCUCUCAUCCCAUGCUUUUGUGUUAUUUUGUAAUCUCCUAUUUUCUUAGUGAAAUUUUCUGUUAGACA